GGUGGGAAACAUCCAUUUAUCUCCUCAAAAAAACACAGGCGGCUUUACCAACCUAUUUCAAAUUCCUCCCCACAAGAUCAGAAUACACCAUGUGUGCCUCAAACCAAAUCCUGUUUGACUAUAGGAUGUGUAGAAUUUAAGUUUAAAAUUAAGGCCAGAGCCCAAGGAGGGAGGACCCAUCUCUGUCUCAAAAGACCACUUCAAUAAUUCAGCGUGCACUGGGGGCAACAGAAUGAAAAGGGCUGUCUUUCAACAGGGAAUAAUCCAUCUAAUUCCAAGGGCCUGGAUUAUAAGCAUUCCUGGACAAGCAGAGUCUGGCUGCAGAUUAUGCUAUGCUAAGGACAAUUUGUGACAAAAGGCACGAGAUCUGUAGAAAGAUUUCAAAACGGACAAGACCAGGACAGAGGCACCUUAGUAAAGUUCACCCUGGGUGAGGUGGCAGUUGGUUCUGAAAGGUGGAAGCAGGCCAUGACAGCUGAGCAUUCCUUCCCAAAGACCAUCUCCGAGGCUCGGAGCCUCUCUAAACCUUACACUUCAUCAGACAAAAGCUCCUCCAGGCGCCCAGGCAGCGGCUGAAGAGGGGCUGUCCACACCCACUCGGUGCACAGCUUUCCAAACCUGCCCACUCGUUUUGGAAGCGGGCUUUUAAUUAAACACCACCUCCCCGGAUCGGGAUCUGUUGAGGCAAACUGCGGCUGGGCCAGAGCCAAAGAGAAGCUCCCUAAAUACACAUUAAAAAAAUAAUUUCCCCCACCGCCCCCAAUUCCCACCUCCAGCCAGCUCGCGCGGCUGGUUUUAUUUCCUCUGGAUGAAUAACACGGGGCCCUGGUCUAUCUCUAGGCACCAGAAAAUCCACCUCCGAGGAUCAGGUUAUGCCCAGUCCCACCCUUUGCAGGAAAAAGCUAGGGUGUUGUUCCCCGCCCCCACACGCGCGCGCGCGCACACACAUGCACGCGCGCACACACACACCAUCUUCACAACCCUUCCAAGAGAAAACCUAGAGUGUGUGUCCGUUUGGGUCUGGGAGGGCGGGAUACAGUUAUUUCGGGGGCCCCAAUCUUGCCUUCAGGUUCAGCUGGGGGAAGGUGGGGCCCCUGCAAGGCUGCCCGGGAACUUCGGCCCGCGCCCCGCGGGAGGGCUGAGAGAGGGCGCGCAUAGCUUUACCAGCUUCGGAACAGCCCAAUUAAUAACUAAUUUGCUCAGAUCCCCCACUCCAAGUAGACCUGACAGCCGAGGAGGGACUGGCUUUCCCUCUCAGUCUGCUAGGCUAGGGGACUCCUUCCUGCGCGCGGGCAGAGCCCUCACUCCCUCCCCACCACCGCGCCAGGCGCCCCCACCCCGUGCCCGGGGGAAUCAGGUGUCCGCCCGGGCAUCCAGCCCCCGCGGGUCCCAGACAUUCAGUUCAGGGACAGACAAUGGGAAAACUUGGAGCCAGUGCCCUGAGCCCCCGAGGGAAAGAAAUGGUGCCGCCCCCUGGGACAAUGAGCGGGGAGAUGGCGUGGGACAGCAGACACCCCCCAGAGAAGCCGCCCGCCUAGUGACCCAGCAGAGCCUGGAGCAGCACCCCGGGUAAACUCAGAUGCCUCUGAUGGAUUCGAAAUAACCAGAUAUAUUUCUGAAUUGCUUCAUAUGGAGCUGUUAAAAACAGUAAUGGGCCAGGCACGGUGGCUCACACCUGUAAUCCCAGCACUUUGGGAGACUGAGUCGGAUGGAUCACAAGG